AUGGCACUCUCUCUCAGAACCUCGUCGCUUCUUCCCAGGCCCUGUUUUCACAGCUCACUCUCCCUCUUGUUUUACUCGUCCAAAACCUCAGAAUCAAAUCCAACAGCUGAAUACUUAAUUAACCACCACCAGUUUUCCCCUGAAGCGGCUUUUAAGGCCUCGUCAACUAUCGCUUAUCUCAGAAACCCAGCAGAGUCGGAUUUGGUGCUUUCAUUUCUCAAGGAGAGUGGUUUCUCCAAAACCCAUCUCGAGGGAGUGAUUCAAAGGAUCCCCAGAAUUCUAUGUGCCAAUCUCGACACUUCCAUCAAACCGAAAAUCAAGAUUUUUCAAGAUUUGGGCUUUUCGGAUUCCGACAUUGCCGAGAUUAUAUCCUCUGACCCCUGGAUUCUGUGGCGGAGUGCCGAUAAUCGGCUCGGUCCUGCUCUUCUCGUGUUGAAGAGCAUUCUGGGUUGCAAUGCCGAUGUGUGUAAGCUGUUAAAGUUAUGUGGGCGUUACCUCCAACAUGAUUUGGAGAAGAGUUUGAGGGCUAAUAUGGAGUUGUUAAAGAGUUUGGGUAUAGGUUCCACGCAGCUUGUUAAGUAUUUGUUUCGAUUUCCUAGAUUGUAUUUGCGUAAGCAGGAGAACAUUUUGGAAUUUGUUGAAAGGGUUGAUAAAAUGGGGUUUGAUAGGAAUUCCGGGAUGUUCAUAUCAGCUAUUGGGAUCAUUAGUUCUAUGAGGGUGGAGACCUGGGAAAUGAAGGUGAAGCUUUUCCGGAGUUUGGGGAUUUCGGAAAAGGAUGUCUUUGCUAUGUUUAGGCGGUCGCCGCAUGUGUUUGGUAUAUCUGAGAGGAAACUUAAGGAGGUAGUAGACCUGUUGGUCAGUGCUGGGAAGUUUGACAUCCCGUUUGUGAUUAAUAAUCCGGAGUUGCUUAUGUAUAGUGUUGAACGCAGGCUGAAACCAAGGCUAAAAGUUUUGGAGAUUUUGGAAAAGAACAAUUUACUUGAUGAAAAACCUAAGUUGACCACAUUCUGCAAGUACUCCGAGCAGAAGUUUGCUGAAAGAUAUAUUCUUCCUUAUGCAAAUGAACUUGGGAAACAUAUGAGUUAUGAAUGCUGA